AUGACUCCGAGACAUUAUUGGCCCGACAAGUGCACACCAACGGUGUACCCAGCCGAGGUAUUCGAUGCAACCGCCGACGCAGCAUUGAUGUGUCAAGCGAUGAAGGGUCCCAGUACUGAUGAGCAAGCCAUAAUCGAUGUUAUUACGAAACGGGGAAUUGUUCAGCGUCUGGAGAUCGAUGAGUCGUACAAGAAACAUCACGGAGACACCUUGCUCAAUGAUUUCAAGUCCAAGCUGACUGGAAAUCUGGGGAAUGUUAUUACUUCCCUGAUGACGCCACUGCACCAUUACUACGUUAAAGAACUCCAUGACGCUGUUGCGGCUCAGGAGACCGAUGAGGAGACGAUUAUCGAACUAUUAUGUACACUCGGUAAUUGGGGGAUCAAGGCUGUCGUGGAGUCUUAUGAGAAAUUAUAUGGAAAGAGUCUGGAAAAAGACCUCAAAGACGACACUUCCGACGACUUCAAAAGACUGGUCGCCGCCCUCUGCCGAGCGAACAGAGACGAGAAUGAGGGAAUAGACCACUCUCAGGCUCAGUUCGACGCCCAGAGUCUGUUCGAGAGUGGUGAGAAGCAGUGGAGACUAUCACAGUCCCGAUUCAACUCAAUAAUCGUCACCCGCAGUUAUCGCCAACUCCGUCAAUUAUUCCUUGAGUACGAGAAGAUCUCCGGCGAUGACAUUGAAGUACCCAUUGAGAGGGCCUUCUCCGGAAGUAUCAAGAAAGGACUUCUUGCAUUGGUCAAAUGCGCCAAGUCCAAGGUCGGUUUUUUCACCGAGCGACUCCACGCUGCGAUGCAGGGAAUUGGCACGAAGGAUCGUACCCUGAUUCGUAUCGUUGUAGCAAGGAGUGAAAUCGAUCUUGGGGAUAUUAAGAAGACCUUUGAGAAGCGCUACGGAAAGUCCCUUGAGAGCUGGAUUGCUGGGGAUACAUCUGGGAAUUACAAGAAAGCUCUUCUUUCCAUCGUUUCCACAUAA